AAGCUGCCGUAUUGCCUUUCCCCGAGACGGCACCAUGUCGGUGAGAGAAGCAACCCUCCGGGAGAUGGUGAAAUCUCUGAAGGAGCUCUUGAGACUGGUGCUACCGCUCAUCUUCAGUCAAUGUCUAAGUGUUGGUGCUGAUAGAUGGACUUUGACGUUUGUCGGACACUACGACUACCAGAAUCGAUCACACUAUGAUGGUGCAGGUAUUGGAAAAAUGUACUCGAACAUCACCGGGCUGUCGCUUGGUGUGAGCGCAACCAUUGGCUUAGCCACGUUCUGCAGCCAGGCUUAUGGUGCGAAUCAGAGCGACAAGUUGAACCCCGUCUACGUACGCCGAGCUUUGCUGCUGCUAUGCCUUUGUUUUAUCUUCGCAUUUUGCAGUGCAGUGCUCUGCCAACCGCUGCUCAUUGCCUUGGGUCAACCCGCUGAUGUGGCCUACACCAGCGCCCGCUAUGCGCAAGUGCAGCUCUUGGGCGUUCCAUUCUACUGGCUGUCCAAUGCAGCAAAUAUCGCGUUGCAAUCGGCCAAGUACACAAUGCCUGGCUUGAUCAUGAAUUUAGUUAGCUCCCCUCUGCAGAUUCUGCUAUGCUUCGUUUUCAUGCAUCCGCAGCUCCUGAACAUGGGCUACAUUGGCAAUGCACUGGCUCGAGCCGUAGGUGGCAUGAUUUGUUGCGUGGUCCUCUUCACCGUCAUUCGGUGCCAACGGCUUCAAACAUUAGUGUGGCAGCGCGCUGCCGAUUCAGAGCCUGUGAUCAAGGCCGGUGCCUUCCGCAACUACUUGGCGGUGUCGGUGCCGGCCGCCUUGGUGGUGUGGUCCGAGUGGUGGGCCUUCGAGGUCCUGUCGCUUCUGGUGGGUCGAACCCCCAACGCUGUGGCAAACCUGGCCGCUCAUGGCACCAUGUUCAACAUCAUCGUUGUUUUCUACAUGUCAUGGACCAGCACUUGCACGGCAGUUUGCACCCUGGUGGGAAACCUCCUGGGAGCUGAGGAAAAUCAUCGGAUUCGACCUUUGCUGUACACCUCGGGGCUUUUCAGCUUGGUGACGUCUUUGUUCAUAGCAUUGGGCUAUGAAGCCCUGAAGCACGACUUCGCUCAGAUGUUCACAAAGGAUCUGCAAGUCCAGCAGCUCCUGGAGAAUAGCUCCCUUGGUUUGGUCUUGAGUGUACCCUGCUAUGCGCAGUUGAUGACCUUCUAUGGUGCCUUGCGCGGUGCGAAUUUCCAGAGGCCUGGAAUCCUGGGCACUUUCAUUGGCUACUGGGUCGUUGGACUGCCAUUGGCAGCCUUCUUGGGAUGCUACUGGCAUUGGCCCUCCCCUUUGCUCGGAGUUUGGUUUGGGAAUGCCACUGCUCUUGCCAUUGCUGGCACAUGGGUAUUGACUGCGGUGUUUUUCCGCAUCGAUUGGAUGACUGUCGUCCGCGUAAGCGGAGUCUCACCACUAUUGGAGAGGAGGUCCGAUCCAGAGGAUUGCAAUUCAGAGAUGCCGCCAGUCAGUCGGAAGGUGCCGCAGCAAGAACAAUCAUGAGACUUUCAUCCCCAAACAUCACCGAACAUCUUCAUCUCGGAAAGGCUAUCACUUUGCUAUGUGUAUAGCUUCUGAUCCGUGUUUUUGGAUGGGGAUUGUCUGAAUGAACAUCAUGAUGGUUCAUUUGACGCCGGGUCACUCGUUUUCCAUACCGGGUGGACUUGGGUAGUCUUUAGGCUGAAUUGCGUUCGCAGCGAUGUAAAGACGUUUCCAGCGCUGUGGAUGCACUUCGGCAACGGUGCCCAGGUCAACAAGAGCCUGGCGGUUUUCAUUUGCAAGUAACACACGCAAGUUCUGCAGACAGACGCACAAGACAACGC